GGGUAACGGAUAGCUGCGCGGGCACCACAAAGCACAACCUCGCCUUUAUCCGCAACCCCAAGUUGUGACUCAAGAGUCAAGACGUAGCAGAGCCUCCCAAGAGUAACAGCCAUAAAAAUGGCGUGCGCGAUGGCGACGACUAUGUGGUCGUUUGGUUUCAGGUUUCCUCCGCCAAGCUCUCCUUCCUCUCGUGUCUCUUUCGGCUCAGUUCACUUCGCUCCGUUCAACAAGACGAAAUUGACUUCGUUGAGCAGCAUUUCUGGGUGUGGCUCAAUUUUUCCCCUAAACCAGUGUACCGUAUCUCCUCUUUCCCAAAGGAUUCGUCCGCUCACCGUUGUAUCCGCUAAAGGCUACAAAAUGAAAACUCACAAGGCAUCAGCCAAGCGAUUCCGAGUGACAGGUCGAGGAAAAAUAGUGCGCAGGAGGGCUGGAAAGCAGCAUUUGCUGGCCAAGAAGAACACAAAGAGAAAAUUACGACUCUCGAAAAUGCAUGCAGUCAGCAGGAGUGACUAUGACAAUGUCAUUGGAGCCUUGCCAUAUCUGAAGGUUAACAGACAGGCUAAAUAGAGGUUAUAUUUGCUAUUCCCUGUCAAAGACCGUGUGCAUCUUCUGCUUUAUGUGAAGAGGAUAGCUUGUUGUCUUGAUUUUCAAAGGAAGUUAGGUAGUUGGCGGCUUUAGUACAUCCCCCUGUACUAUCCAUCAAUUGUUAUUUAUAUUCAAUUAUAUUAUUGCAUUUUCCAACUGACCCCACCUAGUAGAAUAAAGCUUCUUGUUGUUGUGUAUCA